AUGGAGAUGUAUACUACUUUGUAUUAUCAUGGAGAACGAUUAGAUCAAGCUUCAUCUUCAUACGUGACACGAGUGGAGACUGUUGAAUCUAAUGUGGAUCAUAAUGAACAAGUUAUGAAUAUUCUAAAUGACGUUUAUCCAUAUGCCUCGAGUAACACCAAUCAGGAAGGGGGAGAUGACGGUUGUCCAACCAUGGAUAGUGAGGCAUUCAAAAACUAUGAAAAACUAUUGAAAAAUGCAAAGCAAGAAUUAUAUCCGGGUUGCGAGAACUUUUCGGUGCUCACAGCAAUUGUGGAGUUGAUGCAUGGCAAGAUCAAGUUUCGUUUGUCAAACAAGUGUUUUGAUUAUUUUUUUGGAGUUAUCAAGAGGAUGCUUCCAAAGGAGAAUUGUUUACCUGAAGAUCAUAAAAGUGCCCAAAAAAUGUUGAAGGGUCUCGGAUUGGGGUAUGAAAAAAUUCACGCAUGUGUAAAUAAUUGUAUAUUGUUUUACAAAGAGAACAAACAGUUGGAUAAAUGCCCUGUCUGCAAUGAGCCGAGGUUUAAAAUGACAUCACAGAAUAGAAAGACCAAGAUUCCACAAAAAGUAAUGUGUUAUCUUCCAUUGAAGCCUAGGUUGCAGCGAUUGUACAUGUCGAUGCAUACCGCAACCGACAUGAGAUGGCAUAAAGAAGGACGAGUAAAUGAUGAUGUUAUGAGGCAUCCUGAUGAUGGAGAGGCAUGGAAAGAAUUCGAUCGGAUGUACCCUGAUUUUGCAGCUGACCCGUGCAACGUCAGAUUGGGACUUGCCACCAACGGAUUUAAUCCGUUCGGAGUUUUAAAUCAAAUCCAUAGCACUUGGCCGGUUGUCGUAUUUCCUUAUAAUCUGCCGCCUUGGAAGUGCACGAAAAAAGAAUACAUGAUGUUGACUCUAUUAAUUACUGAAGAUCCAGGAAAGUCCAUUGAUGUUUAUUUGCGGCCGUUGGUUGAUGAGCUAAAAGAUUUAUGGGAAAACAGUGUUUGUACGUACGAUAAGUAUACUGGGCAGAUGUUUACCAUGCGAGCGGCAGUGAUGUGGACAGUAAACGAUUUUCCCGCAUAUGCAAUGGUUUCUGGGUGGAUGACUAAAGGUUAUUUGGCAUGUCCAAUAUGCAAGGAGAACGUAACAUCUUCUUGGCAUGCAAGAAAAGUUUGUUAUCUUGGUCAUCGUAGAUGGCUUCCUUGGGACAACGAGUGGCGUCAGAACGAUAAAGCUUUCCAUGGCACGAAAGAGACUCGGCCAAGACCAAGAGAAUGGUUCGGAGAUGAGAUUUUGGAUCAAUUAAACUGUUUGGAAUUUGGUCAUUUCGGCAAAGGGGUCAGUAAGCCCAGACCAACUAUACAUCUGAACUGGACGCACAAGAGUAUGUUAUUUGAGCUCCCGUACUGGUCAAAGUUAAAAAUGAGACACAACCUCGAUGUUAUGCAUAUUGAGAAAAAUGUGUUUGAUACUUUGGUCGGGACAAUUCUAGACAUUGAAGGAAAAACGAAGGACACGAUCGAAGCUCGCCUCGAUUUGGAACGAAUGGGCAUUAGGUCAUCCUUGUGGAUGAAGAGAGUUGGUGGUACAUUGAAGAAAGGCCAUCCUUUUUUUACAGUUAAGCCGAAUGGGAAAAAAGAGUUUUUCAACUUUAUUUCUUCUGUAAAGUUUCCAGAUGGGUAUGCUUCUAAUAUCUCGCGUUGCGUGAACAUGAGGGGGUGUAAAUUUUCAAACAUGAAGAGUCAUGACUGUCAUGUGAUACUUCAACGCCUUCUUCCGGUUGGUAUUCGACACUUAUUGCCUCUUGAUGUGGUGAAACCAAUCGUGUUGUUGUCGAGAUUUUUUUCACAAUUGACUGUAAGGUGUUUGCGGAAGUCGGAUGUUAAACAAUUGCAGGACGACAUUGUGAAUGUUUUAUGCAAGUUCGAACAGAUAUUUCCCCCAGCUUUCUUUACAAGUAUGAUUCACUUGCCAGAUGAGGCAUUGCUUGCCGGACCAGUGAACUAUCGAUGGAUGUAUCCAAUAGAAAGGGCAAAGCCCGAAGGAUCACUUGUGGAGGCAUGGGUUGCAUAUGAGUCACUUACUUUUUGUGCAAUGUAUCUUGAAGAUGUUGAGAUAACUUUCAAUCGUCCUCAACGCAAUAAUGACAGUGGUGUCAGAAAAGAGAAACUGUCUGUUUUUGCCCAAACUGCGCGACCAUUCGGCGAUCUUCUAAAAGGUGAAUCAUUUACCAAAAAGGACAUGGAGAUAGCACAUUGGUUCAUACUCAACAAUUGUGAUGAUGCUUUGCCAUACCUUGAAGAGCAUGAACAAUUGAUGAAGCGGGAACAUCCUUCACAUUUAUAUGCCAAGAAGCACCGUGACUUGUUUCCUUCAUGGUUUCACACACAUAUGAACAAAUUGAAGGCCUUGAAUUCACCCUCUUACGAUGAAGAAUUAUAUAACUUGGCGAGAGGACCGCUUCACGUUGAAUUGUUCUCAGGUUGUCAUGUCAACGGGAUCAAGUUCUUGGGGGCAACACGUGAUGACAAGUUGUCUACUCAAAAUAGUGGUGUUCAUGUCCCGGGUGCGGGCGACAAUGAAGACAUUGAUUUUUAUGGCAAACUAACUAGUGUAGUACAAUUGCUUUAA